GGAGGGAGAGGUGGAUCUUUUUUUUUUUUUUUGCACGGGGAGAAAUAUUUCCCAACAAACAUAUAGCACCAGCCCAGUGUAUUUAGGAAGCAGCAGCAUCCGGGCUGUGCUGCAGGAGCCUGGCCCCCAGCGACCCCCCAAUGACCAGGAGGACACUUUGCUCAGGGUUCCCAGGACUUGCGGCUGACAUGAAGCCGGAUAAAGUUGCUGUUGAGCCCGUGUCCCGGGACUAGCGCUGCCUGGGGACACCGGGAGAUCAGUAGGGAUCGCUGGAGCACGGUUGGACUGAGCGGUACAUGGGGACUGUGUGACACAGAGCCUGGUCAUGGGAGGCUGCAUGGGACGACCCCGGGGAGAGAGCCAGAGAUCGCAGUCCCGGGCCUCAGGCCACCCCCGCAAGAGAGGAGGUCGCAAUGAGCCAUUAAAGAAAGAGCGGCCAAGAUGGAAGAGCGACUACCCGAUGACGGAUGGCCAGUUGCGCAGCAAACGGGAUGAGUUCUGGGACACUGCGCCAGCAUUUGAGGGGCGCAAGGAGAUCUGGGACGCCCUGAAAGCUGCAGCCUAUGCGGUGGAAGCUAGCGACCACGAGCUGGCUCAGGCUAUUGUGGAUGGAGCAAGUAUUACAUUACCCCAUGGUUCUCUAACUGAAUGUUAUGAUGAACUUGGAACACGGUACCAGCUCCCGGUUUAUUGCCUGGCACCACCGGUCAACCUGAUCAUGGAGAGAAGUGAUGAUGAUGGAGCCGAUGCCCCUGACCCAGACCCCAACACCAGGCGGGAAUUCCAGCUCAAGGUCCGCCUAUCCACCGGGAAGGACGUUAAACUCAACGCGAGCAUGUCGGACAAUAUUGGCCAAAUGAAGAAGCAGCUCUAUUCCGUGGAGGGUAUUGAACCUUGUUGGCAGCGAUGGUUCUUCUCUGGAAAACUUCUCACAGAUAGGAUGAAAUUGCAGGAGACAAAGAUUCAGAAGGACUUUGUGAUACAAGUUAUUGUUAACCAACCGAUAGAGACACAGAACUGAAUGAACACAAAAAGCUCCACAAAAUAUGAAUGUCCAGAGGUGACUGGGAGGGGAUGCUGUGGCCAUCUUAAUGAUCUGCUUGAGACAUGAUGAGAAUAAGCUGGAGAGACUACCCCUGAGAUACAAAAAUGCUGCACUAUUUCUGUGGUCUUGGUUGCACACAAUAUUCACCUCUGACAGGAUAGUGUCUUAUGUCUGUGUUGAUUGGCCUGAAUUCCUAACUAGCAUAGGACAGUGUGUGGGGGACAGUAGUGCAGUGUGAGAUCACGUAUCUCCUCAGUGUAUCCGCAAUACUGCACCAAGGAAAUGAUCGGUAAACCUGGUUUGAUUUUAUUUUUUCCCUUUUUUUUUUUUUUGGUCUUCUUUAGUGGAUCUGCUGGAAAAACAAAAAUUUUCCCCUUUUAUAUUUGUGGUUACCAUGCGCCACUUUUUUUUUUUUUUUUUAAAUAGAGUUUUUAUUUUAACGGUCAGGCAGCAGCACUAAGAUGGUAUGGAAAACUUUUCCAGUCUUUGUGACGGCCUAAACCGUAGCACACCACUCCACCAACACAAAAGUGUAACACUGGUUUACAAAGAGCACAGCUUGAGUUACAUACAGAGCAUUAGAGACUAUUAAACAUCAAGCGGGGGAUUCGCCUUUGCCUGGCCGAAACAGCGCAGCACCCACUGCACUUUGCGGCAGCUGAAUCGGGCAUACAGCCGGUGAGGGGGGGGGGGGGGCAAGGAUAGGUGCCGUUGGCGGUGUUUAAACUGCAAUUCGCACCCUUUGGCCGGAGUUGAAUUUCCCCUAAUUAUCUUUUUUUUUUUUUUCCCCUCCAUUCGCAUAUGGGACACUGAAACAACAUAUCGCACGGUCAUAUGGACUUGUGUUUCCCAUCAUCUUGCGUCGGCUACGUAAAAGAUCCAUGCGGUUCAUUCCCAUUUUACAAUGGUUUAUUUUCAUGAAACAUUUCCUUACUUGUGCCUAAUUAAUUAAAAGCUGUUAUUUAAAUGUAA